CGACGACCAGCCGACAAUGUCCGCCGCCGCCUCCAGCAGCGCUCCCCCGGCGCCGGCCGCGGACCCGGAGGCCGAGCCGGAGGGGUUCGGCGCGUCGGACCUGCUCAUGGACUCGGUCAACAAGAUGGAGUGGAAGAACAUCGAGGCGGCGCUCUCGUACCAGAAGAAGACGGUCGCCGAGAUGCUGCGGCGCGCGUGCUCGCAGAUCCGCACCAAGGGCGAGAUGCAGCUGGACGACUCGAACGGCAAGUUCCUCGGCGACAUGCUCGCCGAGAUGGACGACUUUGCCUCCUGGUGCUACAAGACGCACAUCCGGCCGAAGCUGGCCGCGCUGCCGCUCGACCUGCCAGAGGAGGCGGCCGCUGAGGGCAAGAAGGGCAAGAAGGGCGGCGGCGGCAAGGGCGGCGGCAAAAAGGGCGGCGGCGGCGGCAAGGGCGGCGGCGGCGGCGGCGUCAACACCAAGACGCAGAUCAAGAUUGACAACGUGAUGCGGAUCAUGAACGGCGAGGCGGCAAAGUCCAACACGCUCAAAAAGGUGCAGGUUGGGGACCGGGCGGUGGGCUGGCUCGAGGCGCUCGAGCCGGGCAAGAACCUGGUGCUCGACGCGCCGUGGGAGCUCCAGCUCGCCAAGGAGAUGGGCACCGCCGCCGGCCAGCUCGCCAAGAAGAAGAGCGACGGCGACAAGGACUCGGAGGAGGCGCGCUACAAGACGGUGCGCAACCUGGCGGACGCGGUGGUCAUCUUCGAGACGCAGUACAAGAUGCGGUACGGGGUCGAGGAGCUGCCGCCGCUGCAGAUCCUCGCCGACGCGCGCCACGUCCUCGCCUCGCUCAAGGUCAAGGUCAAGUUCACAGUGCACAAGUGCCUGCGCAAGCACCCGGCGCUGCUCUCCUCGUCCCAGUUCAAGGCUCGGCACGCGUCCAAGUUCCUGCAGCCGUACCCCUCCCAAGUGCAGCUCUUCAAGGCGGUCGCGCGGCCCGGGCCUCAGCUCGUCCUCCUCCGAUCGCCCCCCGACACGGGGAAGACGUCGCUCGCGCCGGCGCUGCCGGAGCUGUUUCCCGAGCACCGCGUCGUCUUCUGCUGCCUCGCGCGCCGCGUCAACCUCGAGGUUGCCCAGACGCUGUACAACAUGGGGAUCCCGUUCGCGUGGGUGCACAACCAGCAGAUCACCUGCUCCUGGCUGUGCGGCCUGCGCGGCUCCUCCACCUCCAACUCGAUGGCUCAGAUGGAGGAGAAGCUGCGGCUUGGCGUGGAGCGGAUCCAGGAGACCACGGGCGGCCUCUCGAACCAGCGCGCGCGCAAGCGGCACGUGCAGGUGAUUCGGCCGCCGCGCAUGUUCGUGACGGACGUCGCGUCCUGCUCCUGGCUCUCGAUGCAGAUGGACCCGCACAAGACGGUGCUCAUCAUCGACGAGCCGACGAUGGGCGCCGACCAGGGCGGCGGGCAGGCGCUCGGGCCAGGCACGCUCACGCAUGCGAUGGUGUCGGGCAUGCUCGACGCGCCGUAUAAGACAGUUUGGAUGUCGGCGACGCUGCCGGCGGCCGCGUACCUGCAGACGCCGAUUGGAUACUUCAAGGAGCGGAUCGAGAUCAUCAGUAUCGAGCGGUUCAACAUCGUCGAGGACGCUGACGGCGUCGCCGAGCUCGUGUCGAUGCAGCUCAACGUCGGCGUCCUGCUCGUCAAGGCGAAUGGGCAAGUCGCGCUGCCGCACUCGAUGGUCGCCGAGGCCGAGGAGCCGGCGCAAGCGCUCGCCGACUUCGUGGGGCGGCUCAAGGUGGAGCCGCUGCUGCUCAAGGUCGAGCCGCUGCUGCUCAAGGCGUACACCGCGCAGGCGAUCGUCUCGAUGCAGGCGCGAGCGGAUCUCACGAGCCGCGCGGGCGCCACACGCCGCGCCUGCAAGGCAGCGCGCGCCGAGGAGGACGUCGCGGCGCACGCUCAGCGGGCGGGCUUCACGGUGACGGCGGUGGACGACCACUUUUCGGACCUGUCCAAGCUGUCGCACUCGACGCUGCGCCACUAUGCGAGCUACAUGCUCCAGACGCUGUGCGAGUGCGGCGACGCGGCGCUGAUCAAGGCCUUCUGCACGCCGUCGACGAACAUGCAGAAGGCGAUCUUCCCGCCGUACUCGACCGAGCAGCUGCUGCUGGGCAACGCGCACCACUUCCCCGGCAUGACGCUCACCGUGUCCGCGCAGCCGCACAAGCAGAUCAUGGCGCUGAUCGCCGAGAUGCCGUCGCUCAAGAAGCUGAACAAGGACCUCGAAGCGGAGGAGGCCGCCGCGGAGAAGGUGAUGAGCAACAUCCGCAAGGAGGCGGAGAAGGUCAAGGGGGGCGAGGACCGCGUCGAGGAGAUCAUCGCCGCGAAGCUGCGCGACAUGGGCCUCUCCGAGUCGUCGGGUCUGCUCAAGAUCCCCGAGGACUGCGUUGUCAACUCCAAGGCGCACCUCAAGAAGUUCGCGCCGCAAAUGGUCAACCAGUUCGACGGCGCCUUCUACCGGUCGGUGCCGUCGACCGGCGACUUCAAAAAGGUGGACUCGCUGCCGGUGGACGACACGUGGCGCUCGCUGCUCCUCUCGGGCGUGGCGGCGCACAUGCCGCUCGAGCCGUCGCUCAACCCAAAGGGCGACAUCGCCUACACAAACUACGUCGCGGACCAGAUGGAGAAGGGCGCGCUCGCCGUCUGCGGCGUGACCAAGGACUUCACGUACGGCGCCAACGUGCCCUGCACGUCGGUGCUCGUCGACCGCGACUUCAUCGCCAACCACUCGGCUAACACGCUGCGGCAGUUCGUCGGCCGCGUCGCGCGGACGGGGCUCGCGCCGUUCGGCGUCGCGCAGUUCGAGGACGACUCCUUCCUCCCAAAGAUGUGCGGCGUCAAGGACGAGCAGGAGGCGCUCUGCAUGGAGGCGACGGCCAAGGCCAUCCUCGCCGCGCGCCUCGCCGAGGAGGAGGCGACCGACUAGAGGGGAGGGGACAACGCCGCGGGGCUCGCCCUCCUGUCCCCGCCGCGUCCCGCGCCGCGGGUCGGGCGCCCGAUGCCGCCGAGCCGUCUGGGCGGGCCUCUCACGCUAAAUUGCCCCCGUCUCUUGCAGCAUUCGGGGGCGUCGCGUGUCAGGAAAGUCCAGACCCACCGCGUGCACCCGGAUGAUAAAGGCUAGUUCCAUUUCACUGUGGCACAGCUCGCGUUACAAAACUUUGAUUUUGACCA